AAGGUUUUUCAUUGGUAGUCCUGUUUUGACUCGCAACAUAUAUUUGUCAAUUUGCUCAUUGCAGGCGCAAAUUUCUCAGCUUCCUCCAAUUUCUCAAGAUUGGGGAUUCUAUGAUCGCUUGAUCGUGGAGGAAAAUUAGGGCUGAUAAGACAUCGAGGAAAGCUGAAAAAGAUGGGUAAUUUCAAGCAGGCGCUUAGAAGCAUCGAUGCGUUCCCCAGACCCGAGGACCAUCUGCUGCAAAAGACAAAAUCCGGAGCCUUUGUGUCUAUUGUUGGACUGGUAAUCAUGGCAACUUUGUUCGUGCAUGAGUUGACUUAUUAUCUCUCGACAUAUACAGUACAUCAGAUGUCAGUAGACUUAAAACGUGGAGAAACACUUCCGAUCCAUAUAAAUAUGACAUUUCCAUCUUUGCCAUGUGAUGUGCUUAGUGUAGAUGCAAUCGAUAUGUCAGGAAAGCAUGAAGUUGAUCUUGACACAAAUAUAUGGAAGCUUCGCUUGAAUCACAAUGGCCAGAUUAUUGGCACGGAGUAUUUAAACGACCUUGUUGAGAAGGGACAUGUUACUCAUGGUCAUGAUGACCACAAAGAUGACCACAAGGAUCACCAUGAGGAGCCCGACCAUAAAUUCAAACUCCACAAUCUUGAUGAAGAAGCUGAAGAAAUGAUUAAGAAGGUGAAGCAUGCAAUGGCUAAUGGGGAAGGUUGCCGGGUGUAUGGUGUUCUAGAUGUGCAAAGAGUUGCUGGAAACUUCCAUAUCUCAGUCCAUGGAUUGAACAUUUUUGUCGCACAGAAAAUUUUUGAAGGUUCUUCUCAUGUCAAUGUGAGUCAUAUAAUUCACGACUUGUCCUUUGGACCCAAAUAUCCUGGUAUAGAGAACCCGCUUGAUGGCACAUCCAGAAUCUUACAUGGAUCAAGCGGAACAUUCAAGUAUUACAUCAAGAUUGUCCCAACUGAAUACAAGUAUAUUUCAAAGGAAGUUUUACCCACAAAUCAAUUCUCUGUCACUGAGUACUUUUCUCCAAUCCAUGAGCAUGAUAGAGCAUGGCCUGCUGUUUACUUCCUGUAUGACCUGUCACCAAUUACGGUGACAAUUAGGGAAGAACGUCGUAGCUUUCUCCACUUCAUUACGCGUCUUUGCGCAGUACUCGGUGGCACAUUUGCCUUAACAGGAAUGCUAGAUCGAUGGAUGUUCAGGCUGGUUGAAGCCUUGACAAAACCGAAUUCUAGAAGUAUUGUACGAUGAUUUCGAGUGGACAACUGACAACUACAUCUGGGCAAAGACUUUCCUAAUGCAGCCUGUAUGCGUCUCAUCGAUCAGCACAGACAUCAAAAGCUCCUAAUUCUCUAAUUUACUCACAAUGGUGUCUCAGCUGCCCCCUUUUCCCUUAGUUUCUGAAAAUUUUGGUACCAUUGUUGUAUCCCUCCUGAAAAUGUUUUUAGUUUAUUUAUGCUUUUAUCUUGCAAAUAUUUAGUGUUCAAGGAGCUAAAUUGUAGUUAUUUGACGUUUCCUUUUUAUGGAAAAAUCAUCUGUGGUUAGGUUAAA